AGCUCUCAGGCCCCAGUCGGGCCGUCCCACCGAACAGACGCGGACCAGCAGAGGAGCGCAGCCCUCGCACGCCCAACAUGGCCGCCAGGGCCGCCAGGGAGUGGUCCUAGCCUUGGCAGCCCAAGUCAGGCCCGCCAGGCCUGCCAGGCACGGACAUGCACCCGGCAUGAGCGCGCCCUCGGGUGUCGCCCGCGGUACCGCCCGCCCGCCCCAUCGGCCCGCCGUCGCGUCUAGUGAUACAGGGGAACGUUGGUGCCUUUAGGAAGUCAGUUCUUUAUCCUUUUACAGUUUGAAUAGGUUUAUUUUUCUACCUACGCGAGUGUCGAGUGUUGAGUGCGAGACGUGUGCGACAUGCGGUGCUGUCGGCCAUGGAUGAGCCGAGUCCGCGGCGUACCGAGCUGAUCCGGCUGUCCCUCGGGCUGCCCCCCUCGCCCCUGGCCUGGCCGCGGGCCUGGCCCGGCCCGGGAGCGCGCCCCGCGGCAGGGAGCCACGCAUGGGCCGGUAGCCGAGCAGGGAGCCGAGCAGGGAGCCGAGCAGGGAGCCGAGCAGGGAGCCGAGCUGGGAGCCGACUGCAACGCGUUUCAUGACCGGGCCUGACAAGAGCAUGAGAACGACGAGCCUCGGGGGACACGGACAGAACGCCACAGCAGCCCUUCAGGCUCUCCCCCUCCUGUCUGUCGCCGCGACCCUCCUCCUCGCCCUCCUCCUCCCGCACGCACACCGACUGCACGACUCUCACGUCCUCUCGGCCGCCCCGUCCGUCGUCAUCCUGGAGUCAGAGCUGGCCGCGACAACUGCCACCAGUACCGCCGCCUCCGCCGCUGCCACCGCCUUCUCAACCGCUGCCGCCCCCGCCGCCCCCACUGCCUGCGCCGCCCCCGCCUCCACGACACAGCAGUGGCCUUCCGCACUGCUACCGCCGCCGCCACCGCCGCUGCUGCUGCUCCUGCUGCUGCCUCUGCUGCCGACUCUCGGUUGGCGGAGCAGUGAGCGCAGCGGCCACUCCGCGCCACUCCGCCUCCACCCCCGGGCCCCGGGCGUGCAGGGCCCCGUGCGAGGGCAUGGGGACGCGGAGGCCGGCGUCAACGGCGUAGCCAGAGGCGCCGCCUGGCCCAGGGCGGCCCGCCCCAAGCGCCGCCACGGCCAGCAUGCCGCUGGCGUGAGCGCAGGCCGGGGGGGAGGAGGGGGCCGAUGCCCUCCGAGCGCGCCCGCCGCGCCCGCCCGCCUGGCCCGCCUGCAGCCGCUGCAGCCGCUGCAGCGAUGCACCCCUUGUGCUCUGAAGUGCGGCCCCGGUCCCUCCACUUCGUAGCUGCUGAUCUGGACUCGCUCCGUGGGGCCGGACCAUGCCCUUGGCCUGGCCGCGGGCCCACGUACACGUCCUCACUGCCCUCUCUGGCGCGCUCCUCCUGCUGCUGCUGGCGACCGGGCCCGCGGUCGGCGACCACCAUCACCACCACCACCCGGCCCGCUACGGGGGCGUCUACGGGGGCCUAGCGCCUGGCCUGCAGGGCCUGCAGGGCCUGCAGGGCCUGCAGGGCUUCCAGGGGCUGUACGCCGGAUCGCCCGUCGCGCAGCUCAACCCCUGGCUGUCGGCCUGCGACCUCGCCCAGCCCAACACGGCCCCGGACCUGCAGGGCGCGUGCGCUAACGUCAUGCCGCACGGCGCGCCACGCGGCCACGCGCACGCUGGCGCCGCUCGGGUCAACGGCGACAUCGCCGAGGGUCCCGGGCCACCCGGGACGCCCGGCACGCCUCCGGGCCCGCCCAGUGACGAGGCCUGCCCGCGCUCCUGCGCGGCCCACAACGCUUCCCACAACCAGUGCCUUCAUUACUUCCACGAGUCGGACAAGGACAGGCUGUGCGCCGGCUCGAGCCUGAGCGCCAGCCGGCUGCAGGAGCUGCGGCUCCGCCACUGCUGCGAACACUCGGUGGGCAGCUCACUCACCCCGGAGGCCCUCGAGGCCGUCCUCUCCUCGUCUUCACAGUGCUCACAUUACCUUGGCGCGCUGCUCGAGCUGGACGCGCUCGCCGCCCGGCUCUCCUGCGAGUUUGGAGAGAUCCUCACCCGCUACGACUGCGACCACCCUUACUCGGUCACGCACCGAUGUACUCACUGCCAGGAGUCGUACCGGCGCUGGGUGUGCAGCAGCCUCCUGCCUCACUUCCCCCGCCCGGGCGGCCCGCGGGUGCGGCCCUGCAGGUCCGUGUGCCGCUCGGUGGAGCAGAAGUGCCCCUUCUUCCUUCCCGGGGACCGUGCUCCGGCGUACCCGACCCAGUACGCCGGGGAGCCCACCUUCCUCUGCCUGGGUAAGUCAAGCGCAGAUCCAAACAUCCCCGAGUCCGGAGAACAGAUGCUCAAGUCAUCGUACGGGGAGGACGACUGCUGCUACCGGCACUGCAACGAGCGCGGGCUGCCGUGGCUGUGCCCGAGCGACACGUCCUGCCUGGAGAAGCCGCCGGAGAAGACGCCACUCCCCGUGGUGUGCGAGCCGCCGCCACCGGCACCCACGCCCGCUCCCGGGGAGCGGACCCUACCGUCCGCGUGCGCAGCGUCCAUCGCCACGGCUCCGCCACCGCCCCGCCCGUCCAGCGGUGCGGCCCCCGCGCCCAACCACUACUUGCUGGGGCUCUUGAGCGUCAUCAUGCUGCACCAGCUCGCGAUGCACGCCACCAGGGUUCGACCUUCCUCGCCGGCGAGGAGGGUCGUGGCCUUGGGGGCGGGCGCCGCGCGCAGUGCGGAUCCGGGACGGCCGAGACCAAACCCCUGGCCUCGGCCUCGGCCUCGGCGCCGCCCUCAACAAUGGCCUCAUCGGCGGCCCAAGCACCGGCCUCGGACAAGGCACCGCGCGACAGUCCCUACAUUGCCUUGUGCCCCGUUGUUGUUUGAGUUGUUGAGAAGAGUUUUGCAAAGAACGAACCGUCUAGGAAAAAGAACUACAGCUACUGUAAUAUUGUCAUUUUUCCGUUUUGCUGAGCACGUUACGUAGUCGCGGGUGAAGGAUAAUUUAUCUAUGCCGUCUUUUUAUUUAAAAAAUUGAGGGUGAUCAAAAGCAAACGGUGAACCUGGAGGGAAAUGUGUUAGAGGGGGAAUAAAACAAGAGUCAACAAUAUUCACAAAAUAAACUAGACUUAAUAGACCCUAAGAAACUGUUAAUUUUGUAUGGUAUUUAGUUUUGGGGCUCUUUUGUAUUAGCAAAUGGGCUUCAGUGAAAUUCAUUUCACAAAAUUCGUCUUGUUUGUAAUGUCAAACUGGUUGUAAAGAAUGAGUGUGGUAGAAACGUGUAGGUUACAAGCUAAUGGUUGGCUGACUGGCGUCCUCGACUGAACUAAGUAGCUAUUCCAGGAAACGUAUACCUAUCUUGGUAACAGAGCGAACACAGUCUCACCAAAUGGAUGUGUUGUCCUGAAAAAGUUCUAUCUUUGAUGCUUAGUAGAUAUUUCGAACUGAUCCUCAAAAGAAAAAUGUUGAAAUCCACUUUUGAAGAUGUCAUUUCUUACUUCAUCUGUAGGUUUUUAUAGUAGGUAGACGAGGAUUAUGAUAUAGGUAUUGUACUUUUCUUACUUGGCUUGUAUGCGGUGAAAUUGGAUCUUAGCCAAGGUCUGUUACCUGUUAUUCCUAAUGUUAGACUCAUUCAGAAUUAGGAUUGUUAUACGCAUCGGUCAUUUCAGAGGUACAAAGGGCAUCGCUAACUGACUUUGUUAUAAUUUAAUUGUUGUUGUUUGUUAUUGUUGGUGCGACCCAGAAUCUGUCUAAGUUCCUUGCUUUGAAAAGGGCUUAGACAACAAUGGCUUUAAAAACCCUAAAAGUUAAUUGAAAUAAGCCAUUGGUUUCUGGGUACGUGAUAUUUAAUAUGAACAUUUAUGGCACUAUUCUAAUGCCAAACUAGGAACUGAAAAAAGUGUUCAGUCCAAGAGGCCAUGCCUGUAAAUACCUAAUGCGAUCUAAAUUGCAGUGCUAUAUAUUUGUCCUCUAUCAAUAGGUUAAAGUACCUAAAGUCUGCGUGUUGAAUCAAAACUUCACGAGUGACUGUAAUCCACUUGAGAAAAAUCAAACAAUUUUCAGAUUUGUAACACCUAUUUUUAAUCAGAGUACGUUAUGACAAAAGCGGGGGAUGAAGUACUAUUUGUUGCUAAGUAUUAUUCAUAUAGAUUGUUAUUUUGGGAAAGUGAGUCGACCAUUGACAUGAACGACAGAACGAUUGCAUUUUGUUGCUUUGAAGUUUAAAGAGUGAUAACCGCAAUGCCUUGUUGCGUCGAAGGUCGGUGGGGAAGCAAUAGGAUAAACCGUAAUAUAAACUGUGGCGUUAUCUUGCUGACCACUAUCUCAAAUAUUGCUCAAUCCGGUCAACGAAAAUGCCGGCGUGUGGCAUAUGUUGGGGAAUCAAGUCACAGGUCCGGCCGCAAUUCUCAAACUGAACCCAUUUUCCACUUUUUAAAGGAACUGAAGUAAAAUCUGCCUUUCUACAGGAACAAACUUUUGGGUGUUACACUAUAGGAAAAUCUAGGAUCAUUGUGUGAAGAGGGCUGUAAAUCGUCGCAGUACAGUAAAGAGACAACCUGGAAGUCGAACGCAUCUCGUUCUCUGCAUUUUAAACAAAACUCUGCUUACUGAAGGAGUACUUAACGCCUACACAUUGUGCAGAGUGCAACUUACUUAGACACACGCCAUUUGACCUGUCGAAAUUUUUAUCCCAACCUUCUCCAUUUCGGCAAAACUUUGACUUAGACCAAAAUGGUGGCCAAUGUAGCACAGUUCGAACAUAUAACAUUUUUGUCUACAAUUUGGCCUGUAACGCUUCUUUAACUUUGCUCUAGGCAUUUACUCAACGUCAUUCUUGGUAAUUUCCUUUCAUGUGGAAAAUUUUAGUCAUGAAUGUACCCUUUCAUUAAUUUUGACAGUUUUCAUUCUACAUUCAAUAUUUUAAAUUCAAUCUGAUCUCAAUCAUUGUUUUCGUUCAAAUUUUCAAAAUUUGCACUACAACUAUUGCUAAUGCCACAAUGUCUUUGUAAAUCCAGACAGGAUAUAGUUAAAUAUUAGUUUUCUUGUAUGUGUUGAAAUUAAACCACGGAGCUUACGUUGAAGGCCAAUCCUGAGAGUUCAACAACUUUUCUAGUCGCGUUUUUGUAAAUGAAAAAUAUACGUUCAAUGUCUUUUUAAGCUAAUUGCUCAGAAGUUGGACAUUUUCUACAAUACAAGAACAUGAGUAGUGCGCCAAAGAUUGAGGGAAAAUUCGCCGAUUCGAUAUCAUGCCGUCAAAGGACAGAUGUGUGAUGAAAAUCUAAAUGUUCUAACAAUCAUACAUUUAGCGUAUGCAUCACUUUGUUUUAUUACUGUUUUUUUCACAAUUCCUCAUUAAGAGUGUAAUUGCGGUAACCUUCAAUUCACUGACAAUACAAAUGUUUAGUUUUAUACUUUGAUAGAUUUGUUAACAUGUUGUUGAUUAAUUGCUCUCUUUGAGAGUCCGCCCACCAGAGCAUUGCAAAAUGGCCUUCUCUAACCGAAGCGGCCAGUGGCAGUGGCGGUCGGUCAGAGAAGGCCUUUAUGCAAUGCACAGUAUGUUUAUUCAAAUGUGUAAAAUUUAAAAAUAUAAUAUCGUUCACAUAUACUCUCUGAAUUGAAAACAUUUUUAAAACGGUUAGUUUGUGUUCUGUGCCAUGUUAUUAUUUUCUAUACACAGGUAAAAAACCUAUACUUUUUGAAUGACAUAUUUAUUUUUCACUCCUUAAAAAGUCUAACAUUGUAGAUAUAAGAUUGCAAUAAGCACGGAGAGAAGUAAAAACUCAACAUUUGUUUUGCCAGUGUUCGGACGAUAUGCUGUCUAAAAGACGUGUCGUUUCGGCGAAUCCUUUAGGCGUUUCUCAUGUUAUUGGGAGAAAGGCGAGGAGGCGCUGAUGCAAGUUUCGAAAAUGAUGUGGGCUUCCAGUGACGUUAACCAUAACUGGUCACGACAGGACUGAGAAAGUAUAUUACGAACGUGUUGAACUCUGGCACAAUUAAAUAGCCGUUAAAUUGGUCAAAGACUCUUAGGGACUUUUGGCACCUUUAAAACUCUGUACACAGGCUUCGCCAGAAAGGCCUAAAAAACCAUUUAUUUAACAGUGGACGAGUUUCGUGCGCAGCUGAGGCUCCCAGUGAAAAACAAUAAAUUCCAAAUCGUGACGAAACCCUUGAACACUCAAUAUGUCAAAUACGUGUUUUGAUUUUAUGAAAUUUCAAAACGUUUCGUUAUCUGGUGAGGAUAUUCAAAUUAUAGAUAUGCAGUAAAGUCUUUCAAUAGUAAAACAAAUAGACGUCAGUUUCCGAUGAAGUGGGUGAAAAGUUGUAAACGCACAAAUGUACAAGGACAAUUUUCGACCUAGACCUUGGUGCAAUGUUAUGUUCUUCUGGAGAAGGCACAACAUUGAACCUAAAAAGUGACGAAACGGGCAAAUUCUGUGCAAUUAUAUAAUUUAGUUUUCAUUUGAAUUUCUUUAACACCUGUACAUUUUGCAGAGUUGUCCUUUUACACUAAUGGUACUGAAUCACUGGAAAGUGGUUGACGUCUCAUGACGGACGCCACACUAUUAGCGUUCUCGAAAGAACCCUAAUUCUAGGCGUUCAAGACGCCAAUAUUAGGCGUUAAGGAGAAAGCCGCCAACCAGUUUAGAGUGAAAGGACUAAAACAUAUACUUUAUUAAAGUUUGAGAAAUAAUUGCCUCAAAAGUUUCUCACUGGGACGUUACCAAAGCUGAAUAUUAUGCUUACCAGCCCUCACUGAGAAGUUCAAUUAAAAAAUAAUAACUCCCUAUUUUAAGCUGCAACAUAAACGUCAUUCGUUUGAUUAGAUCCGAUUUUGGAUCUAUGAUAUCAGAAUGGAACUGAUACACCGGUGAUUGUUAUUUUGCAUAGAGCAACCGUCAGUGCUACGAUGUGCACGUCGUAUAAUUUAUUUCUUGAUUUUGUGACUAAAAGGACAAUGGAUGAAGCUAAUAUGAUAAUAUAAUCCGAUUCCAGUAAAAACACAGACUAAAAGGAUAACUUGUAAAGGAAAUCAAUGUCCUAGGCGCAACCUUUUCCGUUUCUCAACAAAAUCCCAAUAUGCAUGCGAUUAUAAGUCCACUUCUCUAACAAUGUUCGUGAAAAAAAUGUCUAAGAUUUACAAUAGUAGAAAUUUUCUGUUUCCCAAGACUUAUCAUGAUAAAUGUUUCCCCGUAAACUUGAAUAAAACAAAAAUUGAAAAAUUGAAUCAUUUUCUAAUGUUAGCCACACCUCGCCCUUCACUCGAGUUUUAGGUUUUACAUUAAUUUGUUUGCAGAAAUUAUACUUAAUUUUAAUUUCCAAAUCUUACUCUAUUGAUAUAACGAAAAAAUGCUUUGUUUUGCAAUGGGACGUUAUCAAAUUUAAAGGUGUACUAUAAAAUAUCAAGUGACCUGUAACUCAUUGUGUACUGUUAUCUGAUGUGUUCGUUAGAACUAUUUGAGGUAGACGCGCCUUAUGCUCUAUUUACUGAGUCUUUCGGUUCAUGCGCCGAUGCCGGCGGGUUUGCCUACUCACAGGGGCCAUGACACAUUACGGGCAGAGGGCUAUCCCUUGCGUAUGACGCAAACCUCGACGCACCGGUGCGUGCACCGAACCACCGGUACAGUAUCACAUGCAGUGAAUUCCGCUUGCUAUGGCGAGUUCAUAAGGUUAAAAAAAAAUCUGAAAAAAGUGCACUGCACUGACCGCUCACGACAGGAUGUCGCUAAAUUAAGGGCAAGGUAGCUCUAGAAAACAAAGUGUGUACAAGUAUGCAACAGUUGUCGAAUGUUCCGCAUGUGUUAUUGGUCAGCAGGCGUUAUUGAAUACAUUGGUAGAUUCCCCGAGGAGAAAUUUUGGUGCAUAUAACGGUGAAUCAACGUUGAAGGGUGACGUAGAGUCCACGUGGAUGAUUCGCGAGGAACCCAAGUUAAUUUGACUUUACGCUACACCACUCUUCGACGUUGCCAUAACGGGGAAUAAACUUGUGUUGAAGCUGCCAAGUUCGCCUUCUGUAAGCUCUAAUAGCGCCUGGUAGGCAGGCAACAUAUCGCCGUCAGUGCAUACGUGUACUGCGGGAUGGCCUACCCAGAGUUUCGCAGGCGCUGAGCUCCCGUAACUUGCCGAAUGAAGCUGAGAAACACGGACGUCCUCCCUAGAGAAUACGCAACCCACCCAUACCCGCAAGUGUGUAUGAGAAAGUAUAAAAAUCGGUGUGAGCGCGGUGGGUUAGUGCUGUACAUGGAGGUAUAUAGUAUUUAGUAUUUGAUGCAUGUACACACUUCGAUUUCUAGAGAGUACGUGAAGAAAGAAAUUCAAAAGUCGAUGUCCUCCACUUGUUUUCAAGACUGUUCAAGACGAGUAUAUCAAAUUUAAAAAACGCACAAAUAUUUUCCUUUUUUGGAGACACCUUUUCUAUGGAAAGUCUUGAAAAGUGUAAAUUUACUAAUGAACUAAACCUCAUCACUAGGCCAGUAAAUGUGAAUGCUCUUCAUAUGUGAUUAAACAAAAUUUUCUGUG